AUGGACUCAGCGGCAGCCAAGGACACGACUAGCGACACUUCGAACGACGAUCCUCAUCACUCUAAGCGCGCUCAUGACGUCAUGAGUGCUAACGGAGCCCAGGUCGACGCGACAAAGCCACGAGUCCUGAAACAUCGCAAGAAGCUGCAGACUCAGCCAGAACUCGACGACGACGCGUGGAAGUGGCUUGUCGAGAAACGAGGCUGUCUGCCCCCCACCCGAUCGAUCAUUGCCUGGCCUGAGCUUGCCGCCAACCGUUCCAUGCCGCUGAAUGGGUACCCCGCGACGAAGGAGUUUGCUGCUUACAAGCUGAGUCAGGAUCCUCAUGAAUUUCGGUGGUAUUCCUACCGGUGUCCGCCCGAAAGGUUCCUCGACGACCCCGUCACCGCGCAGCCGUUGCAGACGAAGAGCCUGCAUUUUCUCAAGUGGCUCAGCCAUAUGGAGCGCUAUCAUCCUUCCUAA